AUGAAACUGUUUUUAGCUAUUCUGGCUCUGGCCGUGGCUUCGGCCUCCGGCUCCGCCAUGCCCCGUGGCUCCAGCUCCUUCCAAAAGGUCCACACCAAGGACAUGCAGGGUCGCAUCACCAACGGUUACCCUGCUGAGGAGGGCAAGGCUCCCUACACCGUCGGCCUGGGCUUCAGCGGCGGCUGGUGGUGCGGUGGCUCCAUUAUCGGCCACGAGUGGGUCCUCACCGCCGAGCACUGCAUCGGAGAUGCCGACUCCGUGACCGUGUACUUCGGCGCCACCUGGCGCACCAACGCCCAGUACACCCACUGGGUUGGAAACGGCAACUUCAUCAAGCACAGCAACGCAGACAUCGCCCUGAUCCGCAUCCCGCAUGUGGACUUCUGGCACAUGGUCAACAAGGUGGAUCUGCCCAGCUACAACGAUCGCUACAAUGACUACAACGAGUGGUGGGCCGUGGCCUGCGGCUGGGGCGGCACCUACGACGGAAGCCCGCUGCCCGACUACAUGCAGUGCGUGGACCUGCAGAUCAUGCACAACUCCGAGUGCUCCGGCUACUACGGCACCGGCACCGUCGGCGACAAUAUCAUCUGUGUGCGCACUCCCGAUGGCAAGUCCACCUGCGGCGGCGACUCCGGCGGCCCCCUGGUCACCCAUGACGGCACCAAGUUGGUGGGAGUCACCAACUUCGGCUCGGUUGCCGGCUGCCAGUCGGGAGCUCCUGCUGGCUUCCAGCGUGUCACCUAUCACUUGGAUUGGAUCCGCGAUCACACCGGAAUUGCUUACUACUAAAUAUUGAACAUCGAUUGAAUAAAGAAUACUUAAAGUGCAA